AGCGCCCAGCGCCGUACCGCGCCGGACGGCCCGGAAGGAGCGGGCGGCGGCCGUUUGGCGGUGGCUGUGCGCCCCGCGUUCGGGGGACGGAGCCGCGGGGGUGAGGUGGGUGCGCGGGACCGGGGGCUCGGGCACAACGGUGGGGUGGCGGCAGGGAGGGGAGGUGCGCAAUUAACGCCGUGGGUGUCCGGCGCUUUGUUGGGGAACGGUCUCCCCCGCUCCCUGCGGCCGCCCGGAGGGCUCCGGGCCGCGGUGCGGGGCAGCUCGGGCUUUUCCCGCUGGCACUAACGCGGCUGAGGAGGAAGUGCCGCUGUUGGUGCGGAGCGGUAGGCGUGCCGCGCGGGGAGCUGAGCUUUAUGUAAUUGGCUCUUGCAUCACGGGCUUCAGCGCGUUGCCUUUAUUAGCAACGGCCGCUCGUCGGUACGGUUCGUCCCGGGCAGCAGCAGCGCAGUCCGUGCCCCGCGGUGCGCUCCGUGCGGGCGGCGUUGUCCGGUCGGGCGCGGCUCUCGGCAGCGAUAGGCGGCUGCUGCGGGGACACCGACCCGCUGACUAUAAGGACAUCCUGUUUGAUUGAAAGAAGUUGCUCCUGCUUGUGGAGUGACUUAUGAUGUCAAGAACUGUAUCAUCCUGGAUCUUAGGCUCAGCAAGGAACAGCUUUGUUUUACAAAGAAGAGGACGUUUGUAUUCCAUAUGUGUCCCAAACAGACACAAAAUAAAAUGGAAGCUUGUUUUCUCCAAAACACUUCUCUACCCUGCUGGGACCUGCAGCCUAGACAAUACUUUCUCCUUGAGAAAAGCAUUCAGACACACCUCCACUGAAGAAGAAGAGUUCUCUUUCCAGUUGUCUCCAUCACAAAUCAACGAUAUACUCAGAGCAGGUGAAUUAUCCCAUAAAAUACUGGAUUCGAGUUGUAAAAGUGCUAAUUCUGUGUUGAAGUUUGAAAGUAACCAACUGGCAUCCAAUACUCCUAUUGAAGACCGCAGGAGUGCAGCCACUUGCUUGCAGACCAGGGGGAUGAUGUUCGGUGUCUUUGAUGGCCAUGCUGGUUCUGCUUGUGCUCAGGCAGUAAGUGAAAGACUACUUCAUUAUAUAGCAGUUUCUCUCAUGUCUCGACAAACUCUGGAAGAGAUGGAGCUUGCUGUGGAGUGCAUGAAACCAGUUAUUCCUAUUCUGCAGUUGCACAAACAUCCAAACGAUGUAGCGUAUCGAGAAAUGACUUCACAGUAUUUUGAGAGCCUGCGAGUUUACUGGCAGCAUUUACUGGACCUAGACAUUGAGCCAGGGUUUAGUUUGGAAGAAGCCAUGAUAAGUGCAUUCAAACGGUUAGACUCGGACAUAUCACUGGAAGUUCAGGCUCCCCAGGAAAAUGAAUUGGUGAGAAACACUGCCCUUCAGGUAGCUUUUUCUGGCGCAACAGCAUGUGUAGCCCACAUUGAUGGUGUUCACCUGCAUGUUGCAAAUGCUGGUGAUUGCAGAGCAAUUUUAGGGGUUCAUGAAGAAGACGGAACUUGGUCUACUCUCCCUCUAACACGAGACCACAAUGCCUAUGAUGAAUCUGAAAUCAGAAGACUAAAGAGAGAACAUCCGAGAUCUGAAGAGAAAACACUAUUUGUGAAUGACAGAUUACUGGGGAUUCUCAUGCCCUCCAGAGCUUUUGGAGAUGUGCAACUAAAAUGGAGUAAAGAACUGCAACACAGUGUUCUUGAGAAUAGCUGUGAUGUUGGGGCUUUAAAUAUUUAUCAUUACGUUCCUCCAAACUACCAUACACCCCCAUAUUUAACAGCAGAGCCUGAAGUCACGUACCACAAACUAAGAGGCAAGGAUAAGUUUCUCAUUAUUGCUUCGGAUGGACUAUGGGAAAUGCUCAGUAACGAAGAGGUUGUAAAACUAGUAGCUGGACACCUUACAGAGCUUAAUGUGCAGAAACCACAACUGGCAUUUGAGAAACCAGUUAAUUUGGGUUAUUUGCACAACCUGUUACUUCAGAGGAAAAACAGGGGUAUUACCUCACUGGACCAGAACAUAGCGACGCAUUUAAUACGGCAUGCAAUUGGGAAUAAUGAAUAUGGGGAAGUGGACCAGGAGAAACUUGCUGCAAUGCUGACACUGCCUGAAGACCUCGCAAGAAUGUACAGAGAUGAUAUCACAAUUACUGUAGUGUAUUUCAAUUCAGAAGCAAUUGAAAAUUAUUACAGAAACAACGAAUAGACUUGGACUGCUGCUAUUCUGUACUGCUAGCCAACUUUGAUAUUGAAACCAUUACUGUUUUUCCUUGAUAGUCAAGCUGUUACCAGUGCUAGAAACCUUUUUAUUACUUACUAGUUCUGCAAAAAAAAAAAAGCUUCUGCAAGUGAAUUUGUUGACAGUUCCCUGGAUUUCCACUCUGAAGAAAAAUGUUUUGAUGAAAGUUCACUGCAAUGCAGCUGAACUAAACAUUGUUGACUCAGUUCUGAUUCCAUGGGAACUGCUGGUAAAAUUUUGCAACUGAACAAAGGAGACAAAUUUGAGUUAGGCUGUUAAAACUUAAUAGGCAGGUGGGUAAUACCUGUAGCUGUGUGGAGUGUAGGGAAGUCCUGCUGUUAUAGAAAAUGAAUAGCAUUCCCCUGAAGCACUGUAGCUGAGUUCAGUAAACUACCAAACCUUUAUUUGAUGUGACAGUGUCAGGUAUUCACCUUGUGUAUGUGAAGCUUUGUUUUAGAGACAGCACUAAGGGAGGUGAUUCAGGCAGCCCUGAGGCUGUUGGACACUUUUUCCUACAGUUUUUCUAAGCUAAGAAACAAAACUGUAUUUUCUUCAACAGUGAUGUAAGUGUGAAUGCGCAUUCUCUUAACGGUGCGUGGAUUUGUAUCACAACAUGUGGCUCAAAUGCGCACAAGGGACUCAGUGGUCCUCUGCUCAGGAAUUAACGUUUGAAAUUCAAGCAUUCAUUCAUCUAUUGCUUAGAGAAUAAAUACUUUGUUUUAAGUAUAGAUCUAUGAAAUGCUGCAUAUGAAAUCCGACUGUAAGUUAAGUGAGGUUUGACAGAUUGAGAAGAUAAAGAGUGCAUCUAAAGGUAAAUACAACAGAACACCUUUGUCUUCAGAUUUGACUUGGAGUACAGAAGUGCUGUUGUUUCACUAAAACGUUUAAUCUCUUUAAUUUUGCCUUUGAACAUCAGCUUGUUAUUAUAGCUACAGAUACUUUCUUUAAUGAAUGUAUGUUCUAAUCUCUGAAUGUAUACUUCCGUGCAUUUUAAAACGGUGUGAUACUGUUUUCUGGAGUGGUUAUCCAAAACUUGCAACAAACUGUGCUUAAAUUUCACAUAUGGUGUUCUCCUGUGGCUCUUUUCUUUGUUUAUGCACAUUAGGAACUGUUGGCAGCAAAAACGUGUACUGGGAGUAUGGGGCUAUUCACUGCUGUUCUGUUGUGUGAGAACCUGUGUGGAUGUGGCAGAGAAGAUGCAAAUAACUUUUUUUUAUUUCACUGAAUGCAUUAUCCUUCUGCACUUUUACAGAUGAAAAAGUACUUCAGUUUUCAUUUUUGAAGUUUUAAGUGAAGUUUUAAGCAGAGUAGAUCUUAUGCAUAAACUUGUAGUAGCUGUGGGUUUGGAGCUUUCCAUAUACUUUUUUUUUCCUCCACGUAAAACUUAUUAAUGCUUUUUUUUUUCUUUUUGGCAUCUAAUUCAUCUGUUCUUAAAAUAGUUUUUAGUUUCUUAUUAAGUGCUCAUACUUUCGACUAUGUGUGACAGGAUGUAAUUCAGUAUUACAGUUGCAAACACUGAAUGCUAACUUAACAACAACAAAAAACUUUUGCUUCAGAAAAGGCUUCUUCAUCCAGUACAUACUGCAGUACGUGUAGCAAUUCAGAUGGUGGACAAGUAGUUGUGUUUUUUGAAUGAAGUGAGCAGCAUAUGGUGCCAGCAAAACUGUAUUGGCAUGAGACAUCUGAGGUUUAGGUUUUUGUGUUGGGGACUGCUGGAGGGCUUUAGGUGUGUGCAGCAUCUCAUGAGGGAUGCUGAAAUUCUUGUCGCUUGGGUCCAAUAACUUAAAAUAUACCCACUUCCUGGGACUGGAACUAUGGAGACAAAAAUGUCGUAUACCAGGAAACAAACAAUGAUAGUCAGGCUAUGAGUUAACCUUAGAAAGGGUUGAGCCUGUCUGCAGGGUGAUUGGGUGAAGAGGAGCAUUAUUAAACAGUAUUCCUGAAUCCCUUUGGCUUUGAGUGAGUUGUUCCAUUUGCUCUGAAAAUACCUUGCCUUUACUUACAUGCUUAAUUGCUUUGAUUUUUAGAUGUAAAGCAUGUGUUACUAGACUACCUCUUCAUAAGGAAAUUACUUAACCGUGUGGCUGGAGGAACAAAGGGCCUAAACCAAAUCACAUUAGAACUGGUAUGAAGAUACAAUUCUUAUGAAGGUUAUUAGAAAACUUGUGAUGUACAGCAAAGCACCUAGUACAAGGGACACAGAAAUAGGCUAUUCUGUUCUUUUCUCAAGUAGAGACAGAGGUGAAAUCUGCAUUGUCCUUGGAAAGAGUUGUCGUAGCACUCUAUCAUGUAAGUGUUACUCAUAAAUAUGCUCUUGUACAGGUUGUUGUAUAAUUGCAGCUGCUAGUUGAUGAUUGUUUUAGGGAAUCCACUUCACAGUAAGAAGAGUACUACUUCUAAUUUCCCAUUAGUUUUGCUCAGUUUGACACACAGCAUUAUCUUUAUCCUGGAGUGGAAAAAGAUAACAUUAAACCAGUUAGUUCGUUUUGUUUAAAAAGCAAAUCAUAGAUUGAACCAUGUGUUCCCUGGAAUUUGUUGCAGGCUGAUGACAACAACGUGUCCUGACGUGUAAAGAAAAUAAAUAUGUUUGAAUUAGAUCACAGACAUCUUCAUUUCUAAGUGCAAACACAGCUAAUAGGUAUUAAUAAACAUUGUAUUUUGUGACUUUGGGAAUCAACAAUGUUUAAAUCUGACAACGUAAUGCCUUAAUGUACUUGUGCAAGCACUCUGAUGUGAGGACUUGAAAGCACAUUUAGGUGCAAGUCCUGCAGUAUCCAUCGAGUUUGGAGUGUUUAUCUGUAAGUACUGUGACUGUCUAAAGAAGCGGUAGUCAAAAAUGUUCAACAAAAUUAUGUUUCUCAAAAGCUGGUGUCUCAGGUGGGUGUUCUGCCACGUAGGUAACACAGCUGAGAUUAAGCGUGGAUGUAAGUACUAACAGAAAUUCUUCCCUAAUGUUUAAACCUUGAGUUGAAGUACAAUUUUGCCACUUUGUUUUUUCUUCAAAACUCUUAUUCCAUGUUCCCAAACGAUUAUGGUUAUUCAUGGUUAUCAGUAUACAAAUGUUCGGGCCUUCAUCAUCUAUUUGAUUUUUUUUUUGUAACUACUUUGCAAACUGGGGAAAAUCACUGUUUUUGUAAAUAAAAAUAUUUAUGCCACA